AUGCGAUCCAAGGCGAGGGCGAGGAAGCUAGCCAAAAGUGACGGUGACAUUGUAAAUAACAUGUACGGGCCGGACCCCGACCUGCUGGCGGGCGAGAGCGCGGAGGACGAGACCGAGGACAGCAUCAUGUCCCCCAUUCCCAUGGGGCCGCCGUCCCCCUUCCCCACGCCCAAGGAAGGCUCGCCAUACGAGGCCCCGGUCUACAUCCCCGAGGACAUCCGCAUCCCCCCGGGCUUCGAGCUCCGUGAGUCCUCCAUCCCCGGCGCUGGCCUGGGCAUCUGGGCCAAGAAGAAGAUGGAGGUGGGGGAGCGGUUCGGCCCAUACAUGGUGGCGCCCCGGGCCACGCUGAACGAGGCGGACUUCGGAUGGGAGCAAAUGCUGACGGAUGCGGAGGUGUCAUCGCAGGAGGGCUGCAUCCAAAAGAUCUCUGAGGACCUGGACAGCGGGAAGCUCUGUGUGGAUGCUCAGCAAGCCGGGGCCGGCAGCUGGCUCAAGUACAUCCGAGUGGCAUGCUCCUGUGACGACCAGAACCUCACCAUGUGUCAGAUCAAUGAGCAGAUUUAUUAUAAAGUCAUUAAGGACAUUGAGCCAGGAGAAGAGCUGCUGGUCCAUGUGAAAGAAGGCGCCUACUCUCUGGGGGCGGUGCCUCCCAGCCUGGAUGAGGAGCCCACGUUCCGCUGCGACGCGUGUGACGAGCUCUUCCCAUCCAAGCUGGACCUGCGGCGCCACAAGAAGUACGCGUGCAGCUCGGUGGGGGCCGCGCUCUACGAGGGCCUGGCCGACGAGCUCAAGCCUGAGGGCCUGGGUGGUGGCGGCGGUGACGGGCAGGCCCACGAGUGCAAGGACUGCGAGCGGAUGUUCCCCACCAAGUACAGCUUGGAGCAGCACAUGGUCGUCCACACGGAGGAGCGAGAGUACAAGUGUGACCAGUGUCCCAAGGCCUUCAACUGGAAGUCCAACCUCAUCCGUCACCAGAUGUCCCACGACAGCGGCAAGCGCUUCGAAUGUGAAAACUGCGUGAAGGUGUUCACGGACCCCAGCAACCUGCAGCGACACAUCCGCUCCCAGCACGUGGGCGCCCGGGCCCACGCCUGCCCAGACUGCGGGAAGACCUUCGCCACCUCCUCGGGCCUCAAGCAGCACAAGCACAUCCAUAGCACCGUCAAACCUUUUAUAUGUGAGGUCUGCCACAAGUCGUACACGCAGUUCUCCAACCUGUGCCGCCACAAGCGCAUGCACGCGGACUGUCGCACGCAGAUCAAGUGCAAGGACUGCGGGCAGAUGUUCAGCACUACCUCGUCCCUCAACAAGCACCGGCGCUUCUGCGAGGGCAAGAACCAUUACCCGCCGGGAGGCAUCUUCGCGCCCGGCCUGCCCCUGACCCCCAGCCCCUUGAUGGACAAGGCCAAGCCGCCGCCCGGUCUCAACCACGCCGGCCUGGGCUUUGGCGAGUACUUCCCCUCCAGGCCGCAUCCCGGGAGCCUGCCCUUCUCCGCGGCACCCCCCAGCUUCCCCACGCUCACGCCCGGCUUCCCGGGCAUCUUCCCUCCAUCCCUGUACCCCCGGCCGCCUCUGCUACCUCCCACGCCGCUGCUCAAGAGCCCCCUGAACCAUACGCAGGACGCCAAGCUCCCCAGCCCCCUGGGGAACCCGGCACUGCCCCUCGUCUCCGCCGUCGGCAACAGUAGCCAGGGCGCCGCAGCGGCCGCGGGGCCCGAGGAGAAGCUGGAGGGCCACCUGGAGGAGGCAUAUGCCACCAAACUCAAGCCCCGGGGCAGCGACCUGUCAGAUGGCAGCGACUUCGAGGACAUCAACACCACGACCGGGACCGACCUGGACACCACCACGGGCACGGGCUCCGACCUAGACAGCGACGUGGACAGCGACCGUGACAAGACCAAGGACAAGGGCAAGGCGGCUGAGGGCAAGCCCGAGUUCGGGGGCAGUGCGGUGCCCCCAGGCGCCCCGAACAGUGUGGGCGAGGUUCCCGUCUUCUACUCCCAACACUUCUUCCCGCCGCCCCAGGAGCAGCUGCUGACAGCGUCGGGUGCGGCGGGAGACUCCAUCAAGGCCAUCGCGUCCAUCGCUGAGAAGUACUUCGGGCCCGGCUUCAUGGGCGUGCCGGAGAAGAAGCUGGGCGCACUGCCCUACCACUCCGUGUUCCCCUUCCAGUUCCUGCCCCACCUCCCUCCCUCCCUGUAUCCCUUCACGGACCGCGCCCUCACCCACAACCUGCUGGUCAAGGCCGAGCCAAAGUCGCCCCGGGACGCCCUCAAGGCCGGCGGCCCCAGUGCCGAGUCCCCCUUUGACCUCACCACCAAACCCAAAGAGGCCAAGCCCGUUCUGCCAGUGCCCAAGGUGCCCCCAGCCCCGGCGUCCGGUGAGGAGCAGCCACUGGACCUGAGCAUUGGCAGCCGCGUGCGGGCCAGCCAGAACGGAGGGGCGCGGGAGCCCCGGAAGAACCACGUGUACGGCGAGCGCAGGCUGGGGCCCAGCGAGGGGCUGCCCAAGGCGUGCCCUGCCCAGCUGCCCCAGCAGCCGCCCCUGCACUAUGCCAAGCCAUCGCCCUUCUUCAUGGACCCCAUCUACAGCAGGGUGGAGAAGCGGAAGGUGACCGACCCGGUGGGAGCCCUUAAGGAAAAGUACCUGAGGCCAUCCCCGUUGCUCUUCCACCCCCAGAUGUCAGCCAUUGAGACCAUGACGGAGAAGCUGGAGAGCUUCGCGGCCAUGAAGGUGGACUCCGGCAGCUCCCUGCAGCCCCUCCCACACCACCCCUUCAACUUCCGGUCCCCGCCCCCGACGCUCUCAGACCCCAUCCUCAGGAAGGGCAAGGAACGAUACACAUGCAGGUACUGUGGCAAGAUCUUCCCCCGGUCAGCAAACCUCACGAGACACCUGAGGACGCACACCGGGGAGCAGCCAUACAGGUGUAAGUACUGCGACCGCUCCUUCAGCAUCUCCUCCAACCUCCAGCGGCACGUGCGGAACAUCCACAACAAGGAGAAGCCCUUCAAGUGCCACCUGUGCAACCGCUGCUUCGGGCAGCAGACCAACCUGGACAGGCACCUGAAGAAACACGAACACGAGCACGCACCAGUGAGCCAGCAUGCGGGGGUCCUCACCAACCACCUGGGGACCAGCGCCUCCUCCCCCACCUCCGAGUCGGACAACCACGCACUUUUAGAUGAGAAGGAAGACUCCUAUUUCUCUGAAAUCAGAAACUUUAUUGCCAACAGUGAGAUGAACCAAGCAUCAGCACGAACGGACAAACGGCCGGAAGUCCAGGACCUGGAUGGCACCUCCCAGUGCCCGGGCCUGGCCAUCAGGAAGCCAGAGGACGUGGAGGAGGAGGAGGAGGAGGAGCUGGAGGAGGAUGAUGACAGCCUGGCAGGGAAGUCCCAGGACGACACCGCAUCCCCCACACCCGAGCCUCAGGGCACCUACGAGGACGAUGAGGAUGAGGAGCCACCCACCUCCCUGGCCGUGGGCUUUGACCACACCCGAAGGUGUGUUGAGGAGCCACCAGGCGGUCUCUUAGCUUUGGAGCCGAUGCCGACUUUUGGGAAGGGGCUGGAUCUCCGCAGAACAGCUGAGGAAACGUUUGAAGUUAAAGAUGUGCUUAAUUCCACCUUAGAUUCUGAGACUUUAAAACAGACCCUGUACAGGCAGGCUAAGAACCAGGCGUAUGCAAUGAUGCUGUCCCUUUCUGAGGAUGCUCCCCUCCACGCCUCCUCCCAGGGCCCUCUGGACACUUGGCUGAACAUCGCAGGAGCCACGCCAGAGUCUGGAGCCUUUAACCCCAUCAACCACCUCUGA